AGUUGCAGUUGCUCAAGUUCGGAGUCUUAUUUGUCCUUAUUCAAUUUCCUUAAUAUUUUUAAAUUAAUUUUUUAUUUUUAUUUUUUUUAAACAAUUUUUUUUCAAAAAUUGGCCACAAAAUGGAUUCCGAUUCUGAAAGAAAGGUCAAUAUUAAAACUGAACCUACUGAUGAAGAAGUUCCAGAAGCUCACCCAAACGCGAAAGCUGCAGUUUAUGCUGCAACUCCUGAUUGGCUAUGCAAAAAGUAUAAAAUUAAUCAUGAAGACACACUCACAAGAGUAGUUGGUUAUGCUCCAGCCACAGCCGAUCACGGGCCAUUAUACUGUUUCAAAACGAUUGGUAGAGCACUGAUUGGUAGUGAGGCUGCCAAAAUGGCGAUGGAUUUGGGGCUUAUAGGAAUAUCAGAAAUUGAAAAGAAAGAUCCUCUUGUUCAAAGAUUCUUGCUUGGUGGGCCCAGUCCAAGUACACGAUUAGUACUUGAAGCGAGAAGAAAAACGACGGAAAGAAGAAUUAUGACAAGAAAAACGAUUGAAAGAGAAAAGAGGAAAAACAAAAUGAUGGAAAGCGAAACGGUGAGAAGAGAAACAACGGAAAGUCCUAUUUUUGUAUUUGAAUGUACCUAUUGUGGUCGUCAGUGGAAACGAUUAGCCAUUUUGAAGAAUCAUGUCCUUGGAACCAGAGCCAAACUUUACAGGAGACGAUGUCAACGAAUUCAAUGUCGUAAACGAUUAGUAGAAGAUGGAUUAUUAAAGAAAUACAAGGAUGAUAUUGUCACUAAACUAUACGAUGCGAUUCCCCUCCCCUGUCCGCCUCCUAAAAAGCAAAUCUGGGCAAAGAUUACAUGUAAAGAUCCAAAGCUGAUUGAUUCUAAUGGAAAAUUUGUCAUUCCCAAAGAUAUAGCUAAAGAAUGGCUAAGAAUUUUCAAAGAAAUGCCAAAAUGACAAAUUUCACUUUACACUUUUGCAAAAAUCUUUAAUUUGGUUAAUGAAAAGCAAAAUGGUUUGUAUCACUUUCAUAUUAU